AUGGCUUUGAACAUUACAUCUCGAGCGGCCAGGACCGCCUGCGCUGCAUCCAAAUCUGCCGCUCGCCCAAUUGCGGCAUUUGUCCCAUCGCGCACCUUCGCCACCUCUCCCUCGGAGGAGCCCAGUCAACAAACCAAGCCCCGAUGGUCCUACACUCCGGAGUCGGCCAAGGCUCCAUUCAGUCUGCACCUCGACUCUAAGCGCCCGACCUUCCACGUGAAUGCAGACCCAUUACUGCUGGACCGAUUCUACAUCCGCUUGUUCGGCAAUGGCGGCGACAAACUCCUCUCCGAUGAGACCAAGUGGUUGGCAGUGACGCAUAAGAGUUUCGACCAAGGGCGUCGUGGAUUCAACGACCGCCUGGCCUUCCUGGGAAAGCGCAUUGUGCAGCUUCAGGCGUCGCUGGCUCUGGCACAGGGCGCUCCAUCCGCAGGCGCAGCACAGGCUGACGAGUUUGGUCGCGUGCCCUUCACUCACGCGGCUCUGGAUGGAUUGAACAAUCUGUCUGGCGACACCAAGAAGAUUCUCACUGAGCGGUCGAAGCUUGCUGAGCUUGCCAACAAGUACGAGCUGCAGAAGGUUCUCCGAUGGAGCCCGAGAAAGCCCAACGAUCUCCGUGCCUCCGGUCUUGAGCUCGUUCUCGCGCAUACUAUGUACGCUAUCAUCGGUGCUGUUUCGCUGGAGAAGGGAGGUGUUGUUGCUACUAAAUUGGCCCGGGAGCGGAUACUUGACCCCCUUGGAGUCAAGUCUGUCUCUUAA